UUGUUUUCAGCUGCGGCUGCUGCAGAACAGGUCCUGCAAAAAUAUUCAAAUUUGUGUUUAUAACCUUUUAAUUCAGCGCCGGCGAAGCGCAAAAUGGGGAAGAAGCACAAAAAGUAUAAACCGGAGUGGAGGACGGUGGAAGGAGAUUAUGAGGAUAAACCUCUGGAAAAGCCGCUGAAGCUUGUACUGAAGGUCGGAGGAAGUGAGGUCACCGAACUGUCCGGCUCGGGACAUGACUCGAGUUACUACGAUGACCGCUCUGACCAUGAGCGCCACAAAGAGAAGAAAAAGAAAAAGAAGAAGAAAUCUGAGAAGGACAAGGACAAGCACGUGGACGACGAGGAGAGGAGGAGAAGAAAGGAGGAGAAGAAGAAGAAACGUGAGAGAGAGCAGUUAGAAAAUGCAGCCAGUGCACCAGUGGAGCCUUUCACUCUGUCCAAGCCUGUCGAGGUGGUGGUGGAGGAGAAGAAGAGGAAAAGGGAGAAGCUGGAGGCCGAACCUGAAGCUGAUGAUUUCCAGCCCAGUGUAAAGGUGGAGUUGGAGACACAGGCGGAUCGGCCUGUCAGAGCUUGUCGCACCCAGCAAGAAAACGAGUGCACACCUCGCCAGCAGCUCCUUGAGCAUUUCCUGCGUCUGCUCCAGAGGAAAGAUCCACAUGGGUUCUUUGCGUUCCCUGUGACAGACGCCAUCGCUCCAGGUUACUCCAUGAUCAUCAAACACCCCAUGGAUUUCAGCACCAUGAAGGAGAAGAUCACAACGAACGAAUACAAAACAGUCACAGAGUUUAAGGCGGACUUCAAGUUGAUGUGUGACAACGCCAUGGUGUAUAACAGACCAGAGACCGUCUACUACAAAGCUGCGAAGAAACUUCUGCACACAGGCUUCAAAAUGAUGAGCAAAGAGCGGCUCUUAGCUCUGAAGCGCAGCAUGUCUUUCAUGCACGACAUGGAUUUCUCUCAGCAGGCCGCCAUCCUGGGUGACGAGGACAUGGCCGGCGAUGAAUCCAUACCUGAAGUCACUCCCAUCCAUCCUGAGUCGGCCAAAAAAUCCAAAAAGCAGCCAGCUAAAGAGCCCAUCAUCAGUGACCUGUACGAGCCGGAGGGGAAUGCCUGCAGUCUGACAGACAGCACAGCGGAGGAACACGUCCUGGCUCUGGUGGAGCACGCAGCUGAUGAGGCACGCGACCGCAUCAACCGCUUCAUGCCGAACUCUAAGAUUGGAUACCUUAAGAAAGAAACAGAAGGAUCUCUGAUUUACAACGUGGUUAAUCAGCAGGACCCGGAGGCUGACGAGGAGGAGACCCUGUCUGUAGAUUUAAGCUCCCUGUCAAAUAAGCUUUUACCUGGCCUGACGUCACUGGGAUUCAAAGAUGACCGAAGAUAUAAAGUGACGUUCCUGAGCAGUGCAUAUAACACUCAGACGCUGCAGAAUAACUCCGUCUACCCAGACCUGCUGCCUGAGGAGAUGGAGACGCUGUACUCGGCCUAUGGAGACGAAACGGGCGUCCAGUGUGCUCUCAGUCUCCAGGAGUUUGUGAAGGACUGUGGCAGUUUUACCAAAAGGCUAGUGGAUGAUCUGUUGGAUAAAAUGACGGGUGGUGAUCACUCCAAGUCUGUCUUCCAAAUCCGACAGAAACGGAACAUGCCUUUGGACGAAGCAAAGUCCAGCUUGAGUGAUAUGCAGGGUGCAGAUGAGGGUGUGAUGGAGAGCAGUUCAGUGCUGGACUUCAUGUCCCUGAAGAACUAUCCAGACAUGUCUCUGGACAUGCUCAACCCUCUGGCAGGUAAGCCGGUGAAGAAGGAGCCGGAGCACGAGGAGGGUCAUCAGCACUAUGAAGACACGGCCAAAUUGCUGCAGGAGUUCCAGGAUGCGGCGGUGGACAGGGUGGGCUCCAGACCCUCCUCCAACCUCUCUUCUCUCUCUAACACCUCCGAGAGAGACCAGCACCAUUUAGGGAGCCCGUCCCACCUGGGUGUAGGAGAUCAAUCAGAGAUGGUCCACGACCCUUACGAGUUCCUUCAGUCUCCAGAGUCUGGCUCCACGGCCAACAGCUGAUUGACGUGUGCAGUUUCCACGCCCGCUGGCCAUCAUGGCUUGCUGUAAAUGGACUGAUCCACUGCUGUGUGAUUUAUUCACUUGUGACGGUGAGCCUGUACAGAUUAGCUGCAUUGGGUAUCAUUUUGUACAAUAAACAUUCUCAAGAUUGUGCUUUUGUAAACAUCGA